AUGCAUUACUACGUAUCUUCUGUCCAACAAUUCAACACUCCCUUUACUAUAUCCCUCGCAUUCUUCUUACAGACCUCUACCGACUACACCUCUACAGACUACCACCACCUUCAAUCACAUCAACAGAGCCUUGAUUUAUCAAUGAUUUUAGCUUCAAAAGCGCAGACGAGGGGUUUGGACGGAAUCGGAGUUGUGGCGGUGCCCAGCACCGGAAUCAAGUCAUAUACAACAAUAACAUCUCUUCUGAAGAACCAAUUUGAACUCUUCCUGUUGAUAAUCACGUCCGGGUGUUCUUCAACCAGGUUCGUUACCAACCAUCUCCUCAAUAUGCACUUGAAGUUUUGUUAA